AUGGUGUCUCUGAAACUUCAGAAGCGGCUUUCCGCUAGCGUUCUAAAGUGUGGCAGAGGCAAGGUUUGGCUUGACCCUAAUGAGGUCAAUGAAAUCUCCAUGGCCAAUUCUCGCCAAAACAUCCGCAAGUUGGUUAAGGAUGGCUUCAUUAUCAGGAAGCCGACUAAGAUUCACUCCCGCUCCCGUGCUCGCCGAAUGAAGGAGGCCAAGAGGAAGGGACGUCACUCUGGAUAUGGUAAGCGUAAGGGUACAAGAGAGGCAAGGCUUCCCACCAAAAUCCUUUGGAUGAGGAGGAUGCGUGUUCUCAGACGAUUGCUACGCAAAUAUAGAGAAGCUAAGAAGAUUGACAAGCAUAUGUACCAUGAUAUGUACAUGAAGGUAAAGGGUAAUGUGUUCAAGAACAAGAGAGUCUUGAUGGAGAGCAUACACAAGUCAAAGGCUGAGAAGGCAAGAGAGAAGACUUUAUCUGACCAGUUUGAGGCCAAACGAGCAAAGAACAAGGCAAGCAGGGAAAGGAAAAAUGCACGGAGAGAGGAACGAUUGGCUCAAGGUCCCGGCGAGAAGCCAUCAGCAGGCCCUAGUGCUCCUUCUGCAGCAGCAUCCCAGCCUGCGCAAGCUUCAAAGAAAUCAAAGAAGUGA